UACCACACACAUGCACAAGGACUAGGAAUCCUGUCCUUGCUUAGUAUGGAUUGGAGCAGAGAGGGGAGAGGAGAAGGGGUGGAGUCAUCGGCAGGGCGGAUGGAGGUGGGAGUGUCAGGAAUGUGCUGGGCUCUGGACACCAAGGGGUUAACUACAUAGCCAAUCUCAGAGAGCGAGAUCAAUGGGUUACUCCCAGGAAAGAGAGAAUGAGGCAGCAGCAACGCAGACAGGCAGAGAAGAGCCAGGCAGAAGAGCAUGCCACCCCGGGGAGUCAGGGAUUGAGCACGGGUGGCUGGUGGCUACUCUGGAGGGAGUGCCCAAGUCGGACUCUGCAGACGGGGGCAGAGGAGAGGAGGGGCCUUGAAGGCGAAGGGAGAAGUAGGAGGCAGACCUGUACCUGCAGGGAGGCACCAAGGGGCAGCCGCUGAGCCAGGAGGCAGCCCUAGCCUGGCCGUUCCACCCAGGAGAGCCCAGUUCCCAGGGCUGAGGUGUCCAUCUGAUGGGGAGAUGGCCGAUGCCCAGAACAUUUCGCUGGAGAGCCCUGGAAGUGUGGGGGCCGUGGCAGUGCCUGUGGUCUUUGCCCUCAUCUUCCUGCUGGGCACAGUGGGCAAUGGACUGGUGCUGGCUGUGCUGUUGCAGCCAGGCCCAAGCACCUGGCAGGAGCCGGGCAGCACCACGGAUCUGUUCAUCCUCAACCUGGCCGUGGCUGACCUCUGCUUCAUCCUGUGCUGCGUGCCCUUCCAGGCCGCCAUCUACACUCUGGAGGCCUGGCUCUUCGGGGCGCUCGUCUGUAAGGCCGUGCACCUGCUCAUCUACCUCACCAUGUAUGCCAGCAGCUUCACCUUAGCUGCCGUCUCAGUGGACAGGUGGGCUGUGCCUGGGGCCCAGCUGGGGAGGGAAGACCUGCACAGAUUCUCACUGAACUUAGAAAGGAAAGAAUCGGGGACAGACAAGGGAGGUAGGAAGGAGGGAAGGAGAGCUCUCUGGGCCCUGCAGGGCAUGCCUAAGGGGACCAUGCUGCCCCCCCCCACACACACACACACAUUAUAGAGUCCAGGGGACAUCUCUUCAGUCUCAAGAGUUGACAUAGGAGGUGAAAUUCUUGGCAAAAGAAAUUCCCAAUGUUUUAAGAUAUUUUGCAACUGAUCAUUCCAGGCCCCGGUCAUGCUGACACCUGCAUCAAAUGGCUUGAAACUUGGGGUCAAACCCAGGCUGAGUGCCUAGCUGAUAACCUUGGGCAAUUACUUGUUUCACCCUUACUUGAUUUGGAUGUGAAAGAAUUCUGGACAUCUAAGAAUUCAUAAAGUCUAAGUGCACGCCUGUAAUCUCAGGGCCUUGGGAGGCUGAGACAGGAGGAUUGAAAGUUCAAGACCAACCUCAGCAACUUAGCGAGGCUCUUAUCUCAAAAUAAAAAAUAAAAAGGGCUGGGGGGGGGCGUCUAGCGCCCCUGAGUUUAAUCCCCAACACCAAAAAAUAAAAUAACAUCGAAGGGCGUUUGGGCCCUUGCUAGGUGUCAGGCUUGGCUCUCAGCACGUAGCGUGAUAGCGCCCUGGGUCCUUAGGAUCCCCCCACUGUCAGUCCAGGAGCUCCAGGUCCACCCCGGCACAGGACCCCUGAGCAGGGGCAUGGACCCGGGC